UCGGAACCCUCACACUUGACAUUUUUGGCGAUUGAAGCCCUCUAUUACGCCCAUGGCUAACUUAAGAAGCUUGCGAUCGCUGUUUAAAAUCAUCGCUUUACUUUCAGCCAUCUUCCUUCUCAUUCUUGGAUUCGGGUUCGUCCGGUACAGCGACCGUGUGUUUCAGACGAAGCACAUCAGCACUGAGAACCUCAGCUCACCUUCAGAGGAAACAUCGGGUGGCGCCCUUUCGCCCGGAACAGUUCCAACUGGGUUGCCAAGAAAACCAAACGAUACUCUGGUCGCGCAAGCACCAGAAUAUAUCCAGGCUAUCUUGAAUCCAUCAGAUCCAAACUUUUCUCGUCUGGAGUGCCAACAGCCGAACCUUGACCGUUAUGCUUACCUGAGACACCCACCAAACCAAUCUGAAGUCUCGUCGCAGCCCAGGUAUUUCUUCGCACUUGACCUACAUCAAUGUGUUCACAUACUUCCACGGUUACUGGGUUCCAUCGUUGAAACAAUCACGUUCCUUGGUUCAGAGAACUGCGUGCUGUCCAUAGUGGAAGGCCGAUCCGAUGACGGCACCUUUGAAGUCUUGCACGAACUUCGUCCCCGCUUGCAAGCCCUCGGUGUGAAGUACUUCUUUCAGACGAGUGACAUCGAUCCUACCGCCGCUGGAAAAGAUCGCAUUGAGGCCCUCGCAGGCCUGCGGAACCUUGCCUUGCAGGAUCUUCUCAACUACCCAGAACACUACGACCCAGACACCACCAUCAUCUUCCUUAACGACAUUGCGCUUUGCACAGACGACAUCUUAGAGCUCCUUCACCAGCGGAAUUGGCAGGGCGCUGAUCAGACAUGUGCCAUGGAUUGGACGUAUGUGGGCGAAAAUCCAACAUUUUACGAUGUCUGGAUCGCGCGCGGCAUGACUGGCGAUACAUUCUUCAAGAUCCCCGAAGACGGGAGCUGGGACUUUGCGUGGAAUCUCUUCUGGAAUGACGAUAAGGCGCGCGCUCGGCUUGCUGCUGCUAAGCCCUUCCAGGUGUUUGCGUGCUGGAACGGCGUCACCUCGUUCACUGCGAAGCCGCUGUUAGACGGGCGCAUCAAGUUCAGGGCUCGUGGACCGGGCGAGUGCUUCCAGGGCGAGCCAAAACUGUUUGCGAAGGAUAUGUGGGCGAAUGGAUAUGGUAAAAUUGCGGUGGUGCCGAGUGUAAAUGUGGAGUAUAGUGAUGAAGCGACAAAGAAGAUCAAGGCGCUCAAGGGGUAUGUGGUGAAACAUAUUGGGAAUGAAGGGAAUGAAGGGAAUGAUGGGAGGAUUGAGUGGGAGACAAAGCCACCGGAGAAAGUGAAAUGUAUGCCGGAUUAUCAGCACCAGACUUUCAUCGAUUGGGAUGAAGGACUGAGGCCGAGAGUUUCGGCAAAAGCGGGAAAAUAAGAGAUAACGGGCAAAAACUUGCACUGGACAAACGUGUUUGUCCCUCUAUUCAUUCUGAGGAACGAAAGGAUGUGUCGUAUUCCUCAGUGCCAAAAGACUUGUUCUGAUCCCCCAAAAGCUUUGAUUUUGGUUGCGUUCACAUCUCCGGCCUCGCUUCUCUCCAUGUCCGGCAUGUGGUUGUCCAGUAGUCUCCCACACUUCAACUUCAACUGGAGAAUUUCCGGACUACCAGCCAUCGAAGAAGGGUUGAGUUCUGUAUCGCCUGUUUUAUAUCGCUCAAUG